AUGGACUCACCUGGACUCGCCUGGACUCACCUGAACUCGCCGGGACUCACCUGGACUCGCCGGGACUCAUCUGGACUCGCCUGGACUAUCCGGGACUCUCCGGGACUCAUCUGGACUUCCUGGACUCACCUGGACUCGCCGGGACUCAUCUGGACUCGCCUGGACUCUCCGGGACUCUCCGGGACUCAUCUGGUUUUCCUGGACUCACCUGAACUCGACGGGACUCUCCGGGACUCUCCGGGACUCAUCUGGACUUCCUGGACUCACCUGGACUCGCCGGGACUCGCCUGGACUCACCUGAACUCGCCGGGACUCACCUGGACUCACCUGGACUCACAUGGACUCACCGGGACUCGCCUGGACUCACCUGGACUCACCUGGACUCGCCGGGACAAGCCUGGACUCACCUGGACUCACCUGGACUCGCCGGGACUCGCCUGGACUCACCUGGACUCGCCGGGACUCGCCUGGACUCACCUGAACUCGCCGGGACUCACCUGGACUCGCUGGGACUCACCUGAACUCGCCUGGACUCACCUGGACUCGCCUGGACUCACCUGGACUCGCCGGGACUCGCCGGGACUCACCUGA